AUGGAUUACCCUUACCCUGAGAAGAAGGUGGAAGUGAGGAAGCAAACGGCUCAACGACCGUUUCUCAGAGCGAGAGAUACACCUCCGCUCGCAAUUGCUCUUCUUUAUGGAUUCCAGCAAGUGAUGGUCUGCGUCUCCGCAUUGCUUACAGUACCCAUCAUUAUGGCUGAUUCGUUGUGUCCAGGAGAGGAUAUUGCCAAACUCCGCCAAGUACUCAUCAGCUCCACAUUUGUCAGCAGUGGAAUUUCAACAAUCAUCCAGACACUCUUCGGAAUGAGGCUAGCUCUUCUCCAAGGAACAGCCUUCGCUUACGUCCCAUCAGUCCAAGGAUUCAUGAGCCUUCCCGAAAAUCUAUGCAAUGCCACCGAGCACGACCACGUGGAUCCCUCUGUAUACUAUGCAAAACUGUGCAUUCUUCAAGGAUGUCUGAUGGCGUCAUCUCUGAUUCCAAUGUUCAUCGGAUGUACUGGACUAGUUGGAAUGCUCACAAAGUUUAUUGGACCAUUGACAGUAUCUCCACUGAUGCUCCUUCUGGCUUUCAGUCAAACUGAUUUGAUGGUCACCCAUAUCAGCAAGCACUGGGUUGCUAUUGUUCAAGCGGUCACUCUAUUCGCCACAAUUCUCUACCUUGCUGAAGUGAAAGUCCCAGUUCCUGGAAUCAAAGAUCGCAAAUUCCAUUGGUACAAAGUGAAUAUAUUCGGACAAUAUCCAUACCUCAUCGCCAUCUGCACCUCCUGGUUGUUCUGCAUCGUUCUCACUGUUUUCGAUUUGACUCCACCAGGGAGUGCUGCUCGUGUCGACAAGAACAUCUCCCUUCAAGUCAUCGAAAGUGCUUCUUGGCUCGAAGUACCGUACCCAGGGAAAUUCGGAGCUCCACAAUUCAACCUUGGCCUCUUCUUGCUCUUUUGUCUUUCCGCCAUGACAUCAGUAUUCGAAUCUGUUGGUGAUUAUCAUGCAGCUGCCAGAGUCUCAGAAGAGCGUCCACCACCAAGUCAUGCUAUCAACAGAGGAAUUCUCGCAGAAGGAAUCGGAUCCUUGAUCUCAGGACUUCUUGGUCCAGGUGUUGGAAUGACCACUCACACCGAAAACAUCGGAGUGAUUGGAGUAACUCGAGUGGCAUCCAGAUGGACGAUGGUUAUGGCUGGCCUCUUCCUCAUCGUUCUCGGACUUCUCACCAAGAUCGGAGCCCUUCUCUCCACCAUUCCUGAUCCUCUUGUCGGUGGAGUUCUCGCUUCUUCAAUGGCAAUGGUAGUCGGAGUUGCAGUUUCAAAUCUUCAAACAGUCGACAUGGCUCUUUCUCGUAAUAUGGGUGUCUUCGGAUUCUCGAUGAUGUUUGGUAUGAUCGUGCCAAAGUAUUUCACAAAGUUCCCAGUGGCAACAGGAUGGUCAUGGGCCAAUGAUAUUCUCAAUGUGUUGCUCCAGAUGCCAAUGUUCGUUGGAGCGCUGUGUGCUUGUAUCCUGGAUAACACUAUCGGAGGUGCAACACGAGAACAGCGAGGCCUCCGACCACGAGGAGAAAUCUACGAAGGCGGAAUCGACGAGUGCACCUACAGCUAUCCGAAAUGGGUGAUGAACAUCUUGAACCGUAUUCCUGGAGUUCAAUACAUCCCGUGUAUGCCAAAAGAAAAGAAGGGAACGAAUCGUGUGAGCGGAGAGGAGAUUCGUCUUUAA